AUGUCAGAAACACCAUCGAAGCCCAAGCUCCUUAUUUUGGGGAAACUGUCGCAUAUACAGAAGGAAUGGAAUGAUUUUGCCCAAAAGUAUGAAGUGGUAGAGUUUAUAUCGAAGUCGAGGGAUGAAUUCAUCACCGACUGUAAGGGAAAAUAUGAUGGCUUAGUGGGAAUUUAUAGCUUCGUCACUGGACAGCAUGUUAUUGGUGGCAUGGAUGAAGAGAUAGCCAAAGCUUUACCUUCCACGCUGAAGUUUGUGUGUCAUAGCGGGGCCGGUUACAAUUUGAUAGAUGUCCAACAUUUAUCUCGGCGAGGAAUCCAAGUUUCCAAUACGCCUUUAGUUGUCAACGGGGCGACUGCCGAUACAGCAAUCUACUUGAUGCUCGGGGCCCUAAGAAAUUUUAACCGCCUAGCUACAGAAUUACGGAGGAAUAAUUGGAACAGAAACGUUCCUGAAGCACAUGAUCCUGCUGGUAAGGUGCUUGGAAUUCUUGGCAUGGGUGGUGUUGGACAAGCUUUCCGCGAUAAGGCCACAGUUUUCGGAUUCUCCAAGAUUCUAUAUCACAAUCGUCACCGCUUGAGUGAGGAGGAAGAAAAAGGUGCUGAAUAUGUAUCCUUUGAUGAUCUACUUGCCCAGUCAGAUGUUCUUUCUUUGAAUUUACCUUUAAAUGCUAACACGAGAGGUAUAAUCUGUGCCGAAACUUUGUGUAAGUGUAAAGAAGGAGUAACUAUUGUAAAUGUUGGUCGCGGUGCUUUGAUUAAUGAAGCAGAUCUUGUGAAAGCUCUGGAAUCGGGUAAGGUUUACAGUGUUGGAUUGGAUUCUUACGAGGAAGAACCAGUAAUCAAUGCUGGGCUACUAUCUAAUGAAAACGUCUUGCUGCUACCUCACAUAGGAACUCAUUCUGUUGAGACUAGACGAGAAAUGGAACUGGUUACCCUUCGUAAUCUCAAAUCGGGACUCGAAACGGGAAAGUUGAUAAAUCUCGUCUCAGAGCAAGUUGGUCUGUUUUAG